AUGGCACGGUCCGGCGCCGACAAGCGCAGAGAGAUCUGCGAAGCGUACGUUACUGCGCUUAGAUCCCGCGAUGACAUUCACGUAGACGCUGAACUAAUUCAACAGCUGCGGCAACAUUUCAGCCUCCUCCCCACUCUCUACGCGUUGGAGGUCAACACUGGCGACCUCGACGUCCUCAACCACAAACAGCUGCUGGAUUCUGCGCGCAUCAACUCCGAAGCGGUGUGCUUUCUCGUGCGCCUCGUGGACGCUCCGACCGCCGUUCGUGGCGAUCACGUGAGCAGCUACCACCAGGCAUCACCCCUCAGCCCGGGCCGUUUGGGCGACGCCUCGCAGCCAGCUCGGUCUGGCAGCGCCCUCCCGAAAUCCAUGUCGACAAGGAGUCUGCCCCGCCCAGCGUUCGGGAGCAGCCCAAACCUUUCGGCAAUGGCGCAUGCAUCCAUGGGGGACGAGAACGACUCCGAGCAGCACCAGGAGCCUUGCUUUGAAAUCACCGUGGCCACGCGGGACACCCCCAAGCUUCUCAGUCGACUGACCCAAGCCUUGGGCGACCUUGGGUUGAACAUCCGCGAGGCGCAUGCAUUCAACACCAAGGACAAGUACUGCUUGGACGUCUUCAUCACGGACGGCUGGGGGCUCGAGGCCUUGGAGACUCUGGAAGAUGCGCUCGCCGAGAAGUUCUCCACCUUCUUCUCGGCCGAGCAGGGAGGCGGUGAGCAGGGCAGGACGCUCGUGCUACCAGUGGGCCCGCAGGGAGCCUCAGGCCAACUCGUGGCACCACCAGACGGCGCCGUCAACCGCGACCGCGGAGUGGCGGUCGCUGACGCCCUUCCGGUUGCAGAGCGACACGAAAUACACGCGGACUGGGAGCUUGAUCCACGCGAGCUGAAAUUGGUCAGCAUCAUCGGCAGCGGAUCGUUUGGCGAUCUCUACAAGGGAACCUACUGCUCUCAAGAGGUGGCGGUGAAGAUACUCAAGGAUGUACACGAGGAUCUCGCACAAUACCAGGAAUUCCUGCAAGAGGUGUACAUCAUGCGCAAGAUCCGGCACAAGAACGUGGUGCAGUUUAUCGGGGCAUGUACCCGCAAACCCAACCUGUGCAUCGUGUUCGAGUUCAUGUCAGGCGGUUCGCUCUUCGAGUACGUCCGUAGUCACGGCCCGCUGUCUCCUUCGCAAGUCCUCAAGGUCGGUCUCGAAGUUGCGCGAGGGAUGGAUUAUCUACAUCGGAUGCGCAUCGUGCAUCGCGACUUGAAGGCGGCAAAUCUUUUGCUGGACGAGCAUGGCACGGUCAAGAUAGCCGACUUCGGGGUUGCGCGAGUCCUUUCGACGUCUGGCGUCAUGACUGCGGAGACCGGGACGUACAGGUGGAUGGCGCCAGAGGUUAUUGAGCAUCGCCCAUACUCGGAGCGUGCGGACAUGUUCUCCUUCGGUAUCCUUCUGUGGGAGCUACUCACCGCGAAGGUGCCAUACAGCGACAUGACUCCACUGCAAGCUGCAGUGGGCGUCGUGCAGAAGGGGCUCCGACCUGUCAUACCAUCCAGCGUGCCCGAGGGGCUAGCGAAUCUCAUGCGCGACUGCUGGAAAACGCGUGCGGAUGAACGACCGCAAUUCGGCGAGCUCAUCACCAGACUCAAUCAGCUGAAGGACGAGAUAAGGAGUGAGGAGAUGGAGGCCGAAGAGGCAGCUCGGGCAGGUCAGAGCCGGCAGGUCAGCGGUGUCGGAGGUCUGUUCAGUCGGUUUGGCAAGCACAAGAGCGCGUCCAUGCGGAGGUGA